AUGAAUCGCAAAACAUUUAGGCUCGUGCCCCUGGACUGUCCCAGUCCAGCACAACCUAUGUUUGCUUUAGACAGACCUACAAGGAGACCGCUACCACCACCUAUACGGAGACCACGACCACCGCCUCAACGCGGUGUAUACCCACAAUUUGGGCUCGGGCCCCUGGACCGUCCCAGUCCAGCACAACCUGUGUUUGCUUCAGACACACCUACACUGAGACCACAUCCACCGGCUCAACGACACCCAGAAAGCAUUGGGACGACGAAGAAGCUCAAUCGCCAAUACAGAAUUCCGAUGAGUGAAAAGUCCCCGAUGUGCAGCCGAAGCCAGUGUGUCAAGCUUCAUCCUAUCCCUGGCUCUUUCCAGCUCACAGCUAAGCCGGUCCAGGAAUCUUUUGGACAACAAAGAAAGCGCAAGGAAGAAUUUAAGGCGGCUGAAUGGCUAGAAGAGGUAGAGGAAUUGAACAAGCUUUCAAUGAACUCAAGGAACUGGAGAAAGCCGAAACCACCCAUCCGGUUUCCAGAGAGGGGACAGUGGAAUGUAUUUCCUAAAAUAAAUUAAGCGGAAGCAAUAAAACAGGCGAAUGUCUUUUUACAAGGACUCCGUGAUGAAUGUGCUAUUGUUUCGUGGGGUAUACUAUCUUAAA